CCAAGAGAAACGACUCCAGGUUGGAGACGGAGUUAAGAGAGAGCGAGACGUAGGGGGAGAGUUGCAUCAGAAGACGCUGAUUCCCUCCUGAGUGUCCCACCUAUUGGUCUACCAUGUCUUACACGGCUGAGUCCUACGCGGGCAAGUCCUACGCAGGCAAGUCCUACGCGGGCCAGUCCUAUAUGGAUCGCUCGCUCGUUGACAAAUCAUACAUGGACAGCGCAUACAUGGAUCAGGCAGCCAAGGACGCAUACCAGGAGCAGCUGCUGAAGGAGAAGAGGAAGCGUAAGGAAGCUGUGCACUGCGAGUUGGUCGCCCUGGUCAUCGGCUUCAUCGGCCUGAUCGGCGUCGCCACCGUGACGGGCCUCCCCAUGUGGCGGGUCACAGCCUUCAUCCAGGAGAACAUCAUCGUCAUGGAGACGCGCUGGGAAGGGCUGUGGAUGAACUGCUUUCGCCAGGCGAACAUCCGCAUGCAGUGCAAGGUGUACGACUCACUGCUCUACCUGCCGCCGGAGCUGCAGGCCUCCCGCGGCCUCAUGUGCUGCUCUGUCGCUCUCACUGCCAUCGCUGUGGUGGUCUCCUCCGUGGGCAUGCGCUGCACGCGCCUCGUCGAUUCCCGCCCGCGCGUCAAGCACAUCGUCCUGGUGACCGGGGGCUGCCUCUUCCUGGUCGGCUGCCUGGCCACCAUCAUCCCGGUCUCCUGGACGGCUCACGUCAUCAUCCAGGACUUCUACAACCCCCUGCUGAUCGACGCCCAGCGGCGGGAGCUGGGUGAGGCGCUCUACAUCGGCUGGGUCACGUCCGCUCUGCUUUUUGCUGCCGGCGUGAUCCUGCUCUGCCGGCACGCACCACACACCCAAGAGAAGGAGGACCAGAUGGCAGUGCUGUACAGAGCCGGCUACACUCCCAACAGCCUCUACAAGCCUGGAUACACCUACCAACCAGCAUACACCUACCAGCCAGCCUACACCUACCAACCAGCUUACACAGUUCCCCCACCACCAGGAUCUGUGGUCUACAGUCGGCCUGGUUACUGAGGAGCUGUAGCCAGGGUACUGAAAGCUGGACGGCCGUUCUACGUGACAGAGAGGAGCCACCACCAUGAGCCAGGUUCAAGGGCUCAGCUGGGUUCUUCCAUAAACAAAACACGAGUUCAAAACUCUUGGUUUUAUUUUAUUUUAUUGCUUUGUUUUUGUCUCUGUGGUUGUGAUUUCCGCUCCAUCCAUUUAGCUAGCUGCGAAUAUACUGCAAUGAUUCUAAUCUUGAAUUUGGAAUGCAGCAAAAGAAAGACUGCUUCUUUGAUCUCAAAUGGACAUUUUCAGAAGGACUUGUUCAUGGAUACCAUUUGCACAAGACUAGAGGAGCUGGUGCUUUCUGAGAAGCUGAAUGUGAGGUAUUGCUUUGGCAGGCAAAUAUUGGCCUCAAACAUUCUUGCACUCUCAUAUAUACUUUCCCCUAAAGAUGCUUAAUUGGUGAAAGCACUGUAUUCUGCUUCAGAAGUGUGAAUAUUUGAAUAUGUAGUUUUUUUCAAGCACUGAA